AUGCCGGUUCGCGACUGGGGUCAUCUCUGUUCUGCCUUUGAUGUUGCUGUGUGUAUUGCUGAUCGGAUCGGCACCGCGGCAGGAGAAGCAGUGGACAAGCCGAACACCGCUGCUGGUGCCCUGGGCAGCGGGUGCUCACCUUCCACGGAGCCCCUGAGAGGAUUGACGGAGCCCCCAAAUGCAAAGCGAUACAUGAUUCGGGUGUCUUCCCUUGCCUUGCCCAUAGUAAGGAGAGUGAUGGCGCCAACGUACAAGCAAGGUUUCAGACUGAAGUCCUUGAGGAGGAACGCGAUGGCAAUGGUCGGGUUUGCCAUCUAUCUCGGCUGUUGCUGGACGUGUGUCUCUGUGAAGGGGUUUCAAAUUUCAAAUUAUCAUCCUCCUGAUCCUCGAGGUUACACCGCAUUUCUUCAACCUGGCGCAUGGUCUUCGACUGCCAGACGCCUUUCGUCCACUACCUCAGCCGGGGAUCCAUCAACGGGCGGUAGCUCCACCAUAGCAGAUGGGGAUGAAACAAGUGCUCCGAGGAGCGGGGUUUGGCACUGGCGGAACGGAUGGGAAAUCCAUUACGAGCGCGCAACCAGCAGGCGGCCGGCGGCCGGGGACCGGAAACGGGAAGGUGGGGGGCAACGCCGACGGGAGGGUUCAACGACGCCUCUUCUCCUGCUCCCAGGCUUCGGCGUGGGGACAUUUCACUUCAGGAGGAACAUGCAAGAGCUGUCCGAGACGCGCGACGUGUACUCGAUUGACUUUCUCGGACAGGGGAACAGCUGGCCCACCCGUGCCCCAUCUCGAGAGGACGGCCUGUGCUACAGCGUCGACAUGUGGACACAGCAGGUCCUUGCUUUCAUCAACGAAGUAAUUGGAGAACCGGCCUACGUCGCCGGGAACUCCCUGGGAGGAUACAUCGCCGCCAACCUCGCCGCGAACUACCCCCGCGCCGUGCUAGGACUGGCGCUCAUGAAUGCCACACCUUUUUGGGCGUUUCGGAAGCCUAGCGCCAACGCCGCCUCAAAUGGAGGGGACGUUACGGAUCCCUACCCCCCCACGGAUCUUUCCGCGACCAGAGAUGUUUCGACUGGAUCCGCCACGAGUACGGGGAUCCUCACGGAUUCUGAGAUUGUUCCGGGAAACCCCGCGACAAAGGGAGAGUCCCCGGUAGAGGGAAGUGGGGAUUGGCUAGGCUGGGACGGGACUUUGCCCGCCCCGGCGGGUUUGUUCCGCUUCGGGGCGUGGUACUUCGACCGCAUGAGGGACCCUCGGACCGUAAAGAGCAUGCUAGGCGCGGUCUACCACAACCCGGAGGCCAUCGGAGAUGAGGUGGUGUCGGAGAUCAUCGCAGCAACAGAGCGAGGCCCAAGCAACCAUGAUUACGGCGUGGGUGGGCACGAAGCGUUUACGAGCAUCGUGUUUUCGCCGAAGGUUUCAAUGAGCUUCGAGGAAAUGAUCGACCGCAUUCAGGUGCCCAUGGCUCUUAUCUACGGCAAGGAGGACCCUUGGGUGGUACCUCUGUGGGGACACCGAAUAAAACGACAGCGGCCAGAGACUCUCUACUACGAGGUUUCCCCUUCCGGCCACAGCCCUCACCACGAGACGCCGAAGACAGUGAACGCUCUCUUGGACGACUGGUUGGAGUACGCCAGCGCGGGAGGAUCCCCCCCGCUAUCGCGGGACGGGGAGGUUCUGGAGAUGCAGGAAGAGACCGGGACGCGAGUGCGGGCGACCCUUGUACCAGAUGCGAGACCGAGGGGGCCGGUGGAAUGGCUGGACACCGCUGUAUGGAGUUUCACCGGAGGGGGCGCCGCUAAGGCGAAACGGCCGUGAUGCCACCACCACGGGCUCAGUCUUGCCAACGAAAUGGCACCACGCGCUGCCGUAUUUUGCACCCGAUCUGCGACUGGAACGGGCGAUCUCGGGGGCCCCGGGGCGGGAAUGCAGUUGACGCCCGCUUGGCAAGAAAGAAGUUGGCCCUCGAAUCACUGAAAAUCUUGGAUCUUGAGCACCACUUGUGAGCUCGGUAAAGAACCUCUAACAAGCAAUAUAGCGGCCAUUCGUCGCAUAGCCACCGGAACUAAGGACCCCAGCCUCGACCAAAAUUAGAGGUUCGUGGGUGCGGAGGCCAAUUGUACUCCGUGUCGGCGAUUCCCGUAGCGUGCUACCGUAGGCUCUCGCAUCCCUACGUCGCGGGGAUGGAGCGUGUCGGAAUGGUGCUGCAGGCACCAGGGUCGAAAAGGUCGGUGAGGUGCUGCAGCGAAAGUCCCGCGCCCUUUGGUCGCUCCGGCAUUACAUCACUGUUUCAACCUCAGUGUACAGGCUUAAAUAGACGCAAAAUACCACAAUUCAUUGAAAAGACUUCAACCAUCCUCUUCGACUACUGUGGUUAUAUCUGGAAUUGGUAGUCUCUCUUUGAUUGUAUGUAUAUUUCCUAAACCGACCACUUUUCCAAAGGCGCACCUUAUCGCAACAGUGAACGCACUGGGCAUAGCAGGAUGCUGGCCAGUCUUGGGUGUAACGUACGUUAACCGCCGAGGGUUUUGGAACGGGUGAUGGCACAUGAGGGUGCGGGGCUCGCAACGGA